GUCAAUUAACACACAGUGGUACGUGGUAGCGCAUGCGUAUUCGCCGAAUUGCCACGCGCACCGGCGAAAUAUAAAGGUCGCAAGUAGUACGUAGUACCUAUACUACAGCUGUUUCAUGUCAAAUGAAAGAAAGCAGAGAGUAAAAAGAUAGGAAGAUAAGAAGAUAAGAAGAAACUACAGAGGAAAUUGAUCGUCCAUCACUUGUCCUAAAAGUUGAUCCGCCCGAGGAGUCACUGGAAGAUACCGAAGAUACCACCGAAGAUUCGACGAAUAGUAAUUCAGCUAUGCAAUCUGAUUGCGAGGAAACAUAUAAACCAGAAACGAAUAACCAAGAAUCUACAUUAACAUCCUUUAAAUCUUCAAAUAAAAAACAUAGUCCUGUGUUAGUUGCUUCAAAAUUUGGAAAUUUAUUUGGUGUUAAUGAAUUUUCAAAUUCUGUAACUAAUAAAUUGAAGUCGUCUAUAUUAAGACCAUCACAAUUAACUGUAGUUACCAAUAGUUCUACUACUGACAAAACUGUUUUACAACCUGCAAAAUUUCACAAUCCAUUUACAAAGAUCAUCGAUAAUUCUAUAGAAGAUGAAUCUAUGACAAAAGACAAUAAAACUGAAGUGAAUAUAGAAUCUAAAAAUGAAGAAAAAUCUGCAGAAGAUAUAAAACCAAAAUUUUUACCUUUGGGUGUGAAUACAAAAGAGAAUGAAAAUAAUGUAAAUAAUACUGUAACAUCCAGUGCCGAUACACCUAGUUUUGUAUUCGGUCAAAAUUUGAAGGAACGUGUUACUGUUUCGAAUGAUGCGAUAACAGAAAGUUCAGAUAAUUCUGAAAAAGAAGAGACAAAAACUGAAGAAAGUAGUGAGAAUGGAUCUUCUAAGCUUUUAUUCUCAAAUGCAGCUGCAAAUUGUCGUGCUACUGUAAGGCCAGGUUUAACAUUAACGCAAGCAGCACAGGUUUUAGAAGAGGCUAAUCGUGCAAACAAAAGAAAAUAUAAUCAAGUAACAUUGUUAACUGGUGAAGAAGGAGAAACAAACAUUCUUCAAAUGAAUUGCAAAUUAUUUGCAUUUGAUAAGACCACUAGCAAUUGGCAAGAAAGAGGAAGGGGAACAUUAAGACUUAACGACCGAGAUGAAGAAUCUCGUUUAGUUGGUCGUACCGCUGGAACACAAAGAUUGAUUCUGAAUACGAAAGUAUGGCCGGGUAUGACUGCAGAACGUGCUGGUCCUAAAUCAUUAAGAUUAACUGCAAUGGAUGUUCAUGGAGAUAUCCGAAUUUUUAUUGUCCAAGCAGCACCUAAAGAAGUCGAUGAACUGCAUAAUCUUUUAUUGCAGCGACUUAAACGCGCGCAAGAACGCCAUCCUAAAAAAGUAGCAACUGAUCAUUGACAACCAAUUGAUAACUCCAAUGGGGCGUUAGCCACAUUAGCAUCAGCUUAAUUCAAGCAACUAUAAUAGAGAUCACUAAUAUGUAAGAAGAGCUAAAUUUUUCAAAAGUAUAAGGCUCUAUCUAGCAUAUGCGCAAUAGAAUGGCUAUGAUUUGUGCCUUCCUUCAGAAGUUGCAACCCUGUUGACACCAGUAUUUGUCGAAAGACAAAGAAGAUUAAGUCGUGGUACGCAUAUAUAAGUUGAUAUUCUUGUACAAAUUAGAUUUGCUUUUUUUUUUCAUAAAUAUAAAAUGUCUUUAUAAUCAUUCCCACUUCAUAAUCUUUUAUUUGAAAUUUAAAGUUUCUUAAAUAAAAGUGCGUGUGUGUUAUGAAAAAUAGGGAUUUUUAAAGAUAGUGUAAUAUCAAUUAUAUAUAAAU